AUGCCACCACAUGUACCGCCCAUCGCGAAUGCUGCCUGUCCGUUCAAUCGCCCAGUUUCAGAAACUGAUGAGAUAGAAACAUUGAACUGGACUCGUGCCCGUAACUACCUCUACCAAUCACGUCGCCGUGCAACUCGCCGACAGUCGACGCCAUCGGACUUCGCCCCUUCAGACGGGAUAUCCAUUCCACGGCACAAUAACCGGUUUCGAGCAACAGUGACAAAGACUUCAUUCGAAACAAUGGACGAGAACCUAUCGGACAGAGAUCAAGAUAGCGUUACUAUUAAAGAGGACCGCCAGCAAGUCAUCAACAGAACACAUCCCUUCGGUAUCAGAAUUUGGAACUCACCACUCUAUCAUGAGGAAAAUCCAAAACCCAAUGGCGAGGACGGCUCAAUCUCCGGCCACGACGUCGGUAAUUGGAUUUUCUUCUUCAACCUUCUUUGGACACUGUUGUUUGGCUGGUGGUUAGGUCUCCUGGUAUUAUUCUGCGGGAUCAUCUGCAUGGCACUUUCAAGGACGCAAACCCAGCCAACAUAUGGCCGGGUCCUUUAUGGCUUGGCAGGAUUCGUCUUCUAUCCUUUCGACAAGUCAGUAAAAUACAGAAACAGCAGUCUUCACGUCCCAGAAAGCCAGAGAGAAGGCUCAACAUCAUAUCACGGCCAGCAAUUUGGUGCCAGCUCUGAGAAUGACCAACUCUUAUGCUACCCGAGCCUAAGUUACGGUCAUGACCAUCGUAGUCAAGAUGUUAGUCUGGGAGCUGAAACGACUACUCAACAACCUCUGGAGCCUAAAAACUUGCCCAAGUCUUCUCUUUUCCGAAAGCAAUGGAGCUUUGAGAGAACUAUGUUCACUCUUGUUCUAUAUUUUCUCCUUUUACCAAUAUUUCUACUCGUGGCCAUGGUCUGUUGGUGCUUGGUCCUUCCAUUACCCACGGCACGUAUGUUGGUUCGCUUGUUGAGAAUUGUCCGAAGCUGCGCUCUGCAAAUUUCGUUCGCGCGCAGGUCUAAGUCAACAUUAUCGACCAUUGAAGCACAGGAUACAGUUCUACUCUAUAGCUCCAAGUUCGUUGACCCCAGUUCAUGGAAGCAGUCUUUCGGUGGUGUCAACAUUGUUCUCAUCAAUCUAAUGGCGAUUGCCAUUUUGACAGCCUUUGAUUGUCUGGUUGUUUUCCAACUCUUCCCCAGCCAUUCGAUGAUCCUUUCACUUAGCAUGUGCUUUCUUGGUAGCCUUUUGGGCAUUAUUCCGUUAGUCUAUGUCAUUGGUCAAGCAGUGGCCUCAAUAUCGACACAGUCAUCUAUGGGCACUAGCGCUGUCGUUAAUGCCCUGUUCUCUACUAUUUUCGAGGUCAUAUUCUACUGCGUUGCUCUUAAACACGGGAAAAGCGAACUAGUCGAAGGCUGUAUCAUAGGAAGCAUUUUAGCCGGUGUCCUCUUUCUUCCUGGCCUGUCUAUGUGCUUCGGUGCACUCAAGCGGAAGACCCAACGAUUCAAUGCAAAGUCUGCUGGUGUCACCUCGACGAUGCUUCUCUUUGCAAUAAUGGGUGUAUUUAGCCCUACAAUAUUCUACGCAAUCUACGGUACCUACGUCAUGAAGUGUGGAAGCUGUACACACAGCUUGCCUGAUUCACAAGCACCUGGUACCAGUUGUCGUACGUGUUCUGUGACCCAACCGUUGGACUUGCAAAGUUCCCUUUACGACAAGAUACUCAAACCGUUCAGCUACCUGUGCGCUCUUCUACUCUUGCUAGCAUAUGUCAUCGGGCUGUUUUUCACUUUGCGCACGCAUUCAACGGUGAUCUGGAACGACGGUAGUGGCACGCACGUUGGUGAAUCUUCUAACCAGCGGCUACCGAUUCCUUUCCACCAAAGACACCAGAGACAAGCGGCAGACCUUCCAUAUGUCCAUCCACGACCUCCUCACCUCAGGAAGAAUCAAAGAAUACCAUCAUCUGGGGUCAUCAGGCCAACGAGAUGCGAGGCAAUUUCUGAAGCUUCUGAACUCAGUCAGGAGACUGAGCAAGUACUGGCAGGGACUCGGCUUCCCCGAAAUAGAGAGACAGCACCAAUUUGCCAAGAUACAACGCGCCAUGUCCCAAACUGGAGCCGAAGGAAGAGCCUGCUUAUACUUCUCAUGGCGACUUUGUUUUAUUGCAUUCUUGCUGUAAUCCUUAUCGAUGCCGUGGAUACCAUUCUUCAGAAAUUCUACAUCGAGGAAAAACUCUUAGGACUGACUGUUUUUGCACUGAUACCAAACAUAACAGAAAUCUGGAACGCCAUUUUGUUUGCCGCCAAUGGCAGUAUCGCAUUAUCGGUGGAGAUCGGCUCAGCCUACACUCUCCAGACAGCCAUCUAG